AUGUCUCACAUCGCUGUUGAGAGGAAUCGAAGAAGGCAAAUGAAUGAACAUCUCAAAUCGCUUCGUUCUUUGACUCCUUGUUUUUACAUUAAAAGGGGAGAUCAAGCUUCAAUAAUAGGAGGAGUGAUAGAGUUCAUUAAAGAGAUGCAGCAAUUAGUACAGGUUCUUGAGUCCAAGAAACGUCGAAAAACACUAAACGGGCAUUCUUUUCUGCAUGAUCACCAAACACUCGAGUCCCUAGCCAACACCACCAAUGCAACCAGCAGAGUGCCGUUUAGUCGAAUAGAGAACGUGAUGACCACAAGCACUUUCAAAGAAGUAGGAGCAUGUUGCAACUCUCCUCAUGCUAAUGUCGAAGCCAAGAUCUCAGGCUCUAACGUUGUAUUGAGAGUUGUCUCUAGACGAAUUGAGGGCCAGCUUGUGAGGAUUGUAUCCGCCUUGGAGAAGCUAUCUUUUCAGGUUCUUCAUCUCAAUAUUAGUAGCAUGGAGGAGACUGUCUUGUACUUCUUCGUUGUUAAGAUAGGACUGGAGUGUCACAUAAGCUUAGAGGAUCUAACCUUUGAAGUUCAGAAAAGCUUUGUUCCUGAAGACGUAACUGUUGCUGAGGUGUUGUGGUGCUGCGAUAGGGAAGCAGCAGGGCAGGAGAGGCUAGUGGUAGAAGCUGUGGAAGAGAAAGCUUGA